UAUGCCUUACUUCUUUCAAUCAAUUGUUUCUGACAAUUAAUUGAAGCAACACAUGUAUUUUAUACCAAUACAUGCAUGUGUUUCCGAGCUAGAAUCAGAAUUUCCGGGUCAGCCGGCUGUUUGGCACCCAUCCUAGCUUUGUAUAAAUGUCAUCUUAGAAUCUUGCAGAGGAUCACAAUUAGAAAUAACAUGAAGAAGACGAAACCAACCAACUACCUAACUUGUUCUUUCUUACUCUUCCUUGUAUCUCUUAAUUUUUCCUUGGCCACAGCCGUUGAGCAGAACACAAGUACUAUCGCAGUUAAUGUCGGUGUAAUUCUUGAUGAUCUUGAUUCAAUAACUGCAAAAGUUUGGUUAAGCUGCAUCAACAUGGCCCUCUCAGACUUUCAUACCUCUCCUGAUUCCAGUAAGUCGACGAGGCUGGUUUUGAACAUUCGGGACUCUAGAGCAGAUGUUGUGGAUGCAGCUGCUGCAGGUUUGGAUUUAAUAAAGAAUGUUCAAGUGCAAGCAAUAAUUGGACCAAAAUCAUCAAUGCAAGCCAACUUUCUAAUUGAUCUUGGAGACAAAGCUCAGGUUCCCUUAAUCUCUUUUUUGGCAACAAGUCCUUCCCUUAGUUCGAAAGGUAGUCCAUAUUUUUUUCGAGCAACAGAAAUUGAUUCCUCUCAAGUAAGAGCCAUAAGUAAUAUCAUCAAAAAUUUUGGAUGGAGAGAAGCUGUGCCAAUCUAUGUAGACAAUCAGUUUGGAGAGGGAGUAUUACCUUACUUGGUUGAUGCCUUGCAACAAGUCAAGGCUCGUAUCCCUUACCGAAGUGUCAUACCCCCAAUGGCCACUGAUGAUCAACUUGUUGCAGAGCUUUACAAAUUGAUGACAAUGCAAACUCGAGUCUUCAUUGUCCACAUGUCUUAUGAUCUUGGUUCUCGAGUUUUUGGCAAAGCACGAGAGCUAGGAAUGAUGAAUGAAGGCUAUGUUUGGAUCAUGACUGAUGGAUUAACCAAUUAUUUAAGUACAUUGAAUGAUUCAGUCAUGAAUUCCAUGGAAGGCUCAUUAGGAGUGAGGCCUUAUGUGCCAAGAACAAAAGAACUCAUCGACUUUCGAGUACGAUGGAGAAGGAAAUUCCAACAGGAAAAUCCAGCCAUUGAUACUGCCGAAUUAGAUUUCUUUGGACUUUGGGCUUAUGAUGCUACUUAUGCCUUAGCCACGGCAAUUGAAAAUGUUGGCACUACAAUAUUUGGCUUCCAAAACACUACCAGUAAUACCUCCAUGAUCAACUCAUCAAUUGAUCUUGAAACUUUUAGGGUCUCCCAAAGUGGCCAACUACUUCGCCAAUCCUUGUCACGUACUAGAUUUAAAGGUCUAACUGGAGAUUUCAGUUUUGUUAAUGGGGAGUUACAAUCUUCAGCAUUCGAAAUAGUGAAUGUGAAUGGUGAUGGAGCAGUAAGAACUAUUGGAUUUUGGACAUCACAGGGUGGACUUUUGAAAAAGAUUUCACUCAAUUCUACAAACGCAAACAAUGUGGGAUUAAGAUCUAUUAUAUGGCCCGGAGAUUCUACCUCUAUUCCAAAGGGAUGGGAGAUCCCCACAAAUGGGAAAAAGUUGAGAGUAGGAGUUCCUGUGGAUAAUGGUUUUCCUGAAUUUGUUAAGGUGGUACUUGAUCCCAUCACAAAUACAACAGAAGCAACUGGUUCGUGUAUAGACAUAUUUAAUGCUGCAAUACAAAAAUUACCAUAUGCUGUUACUUAUGACUUCAUUCCCUUUGCUUUGAGCAAGCCUGACGGGACUCCUGCUAGCACAUAUAAUGAUUUGGUUCAGCAAGUUUUUCUUGGGUUCACUUUUGCACGUUGGCAGAACUUCGACGCUGUAGUAGCAGCGACGACAAUUAGAGGAAACAGGUCUUUGUAUGUGGACUUCACAUUGCCUUUCACCGAAUCAGGAGUAGGGAUGUUGGUGCCAAUGAAAGAUCAGAACAAGAGUAAAAACGCGUGGUUCUUCUUGCAACCUUUGGCCAAGGACCUUUGGCUCUCAACUGUUUGCUGUUUUAUCUUCAUAGCUUUUGUGAUUUGGUUUCUGGAACAUCGUAUUAAUGGAGACUUUCGCGGAAAUCCUUGGCGUCAAAUCAGCACAAGCUUUUGGUUUUCAUUCUCAACAAUCACUUUCUCGCAAAGAGAGAGAGUGGUUAGCAAUUCGGCAAGGUUUGUGGUGCUCAUCUGGGUGUUUGUUAUAAUGAUAUUGACACAAAGCUACACGGCUAGUCUAACGUCACGAUUAACUAUCCAACAACUCCAGCCAACUUAUACCGACAUAAACGAGCUUAUAAACAACAAGGAGUAUGUGGGCUACCCGGAGGGUUCUUUUGUAUAUGAGCUUUUGAUACAAAGUGGUUUUGAUCCUUCCAUGAUUAGGGUUUAUAAAUCGAUAGAUGAGUGUGAUGAUCUUUUGACAAAAGGGAGCAGAAAAGGUGGUAUUUCCGCUGCCAUUGACGAAACACCCUUGAUUAGGCUUUUUCUUGCAAAAUUUUGCUCAAAAUAUACCAUGGUUGGGCCAAUAUUUAAAACUGAUGGUUUUGCCUUCGUAUUUCGUAAAGGUUCUCCUCUUGCACCUGAUAUUUCAAGGGCAAUUUUGAACGUGACCGAGGGAGACGAGAUGAAAGAAAUUGAAAAAAAAUGGUUCAGUAAACAAACUGAGUGUUCAACUACUAAACCAAUGGUCUCUGAGUCCAAGAAGCUUGGGCUUGAUACCUUUUGGGGUCUAUUUUCAGUUGUCGGGGCCGCUUCACUAUUUGCUCUCCUCAUAUCAACACUUUACUUUUGUACACAUGAUGAUGAUAGUGUAAUUGUUACUGGCACCCCGCCAAAUGACGCAUCUAACUCAGAUUUCAACGACUCACUAGGUGAACAAGGAACAGCAGUUGAUCAACGAUCUUUGAUAAUACCAAUGCAUAUUGGCACUGAGUCGGAUAGUUUGAACCAUCAAAUACUAGCGAACACUAGUCCUCAACAUGAAGGAGCUGAAGAAAACAAUGCAUGAAAAUAAAUUUAGAUCUUCACCUUUUCUUUUCUUUUUUCCUUUUUCCUUCCCUUUGUAAGAUAUUGAAUAGUCAAGAUAAAUUAUAUCUACACUCUUUCA